UUGCACUUCUGAACCGGACGCCAAAGUUAACUCCUUUGGACACGUGUAGCGUUUCUCUCUCUUAAUCUCUCGCUCUCUCUAUUUUCCUCAUUAGAGCGGUUUGGGAGCCCAACACAACUCAUCACCAAACUUAAGUAACUGUAUGUGUUUCCACCCUAACCAGAAACAGAGGGCACACAACAGAAAACAUAACAAACAUUGGCUCAUCACGUGGUAAUUGUUUUAUUGUGCAUGUUGAUACCAAUUGAUUAUUGAUUCUAGAAACUUCGAUCUCUUCGCCAUGUCUACUGCUUCUAUUGCAAAUUCCUUCAUAGCUAUCAAUCCUCCCGAGCUUCGUUUCCAAUUUGAACUGGAGAAGCAAACAUUUUGUGAUCUUAAAGUUUUGAAUAAGACAGAGCAUUUCGUUGCUUUUAAGGUGAAGACCACUUCACCUAAGAAGUACUUUGUUCGACCUAACACUGGCAUUAUACAUCCAUGGGACUCAUGCAUCAUCAGAGUCACCCUCCAAGCCCAACAAGAAUAUCCUCCUGAUAUGCAAUGCAAAGAUAAGUUUCUCAUACAAAGUACAGCAGUGGAUUCAAACACUGAUGUUGAUGAGCUUCCACCAGAUACUUUUAGCAAGGAUAGUGGAAAGUUAACAGAAGAAUUGAAACUAAGAGUUGUAUAUAUCUCUCCUAACUCAUCUCAAGGAAGCAGUAGAGAUGAUACAAUGAAGAACUCCGCACAAAAACUUGAUACUUAUUCAAGUCAAGCCUUACAACAAUUGAAGGAUGAAAGAGAUGCCGCUGUCAGAGAAACGCGGCAACUGCAACAGGAACUGGACAUGCUGAAAAGGCGAAGAAAUCGUAGAAGUGAUCCGGGCUUUUCCUUCACCUUCGCUAUGUUUGUGGGCCUUAUUGGAACCUUGUUUGGUUUGCUUUUGAAACUUUCAUUGUCUUCACCACCUACACAAUGAUUUCAUACUCUUCAGAACCUUUGCAUUCCGACCCUUUGUUUUAUUAUUUAUUUAUUUAUUACUGUAAAGUUCUUUUUACUGAUGAAAUGAAUCAUUCUUUUACAUUUUUUUUAUA